GGAGAUACUAGUAUCUAUAUCCGUGCUGUAGAUUGUAUAUUAUCAAAUAUCAACUAUCAAGUAUCAACAAUAAAAUUACAGCCGCAGUACUUCAGACCAUGGCUUGCUCCAGACCUCCAAAAGUAGAAACUAGAAGAUGAGUACUUACUGACCACGGCUCGGAGUUAUGUUCACUCCUUCGAGGUCAAUAAAGAAAAAACGAUUCUUUAUAGAUUUUUGACCUCCACAACUUCCACAUUGAUCGAUGGACCGCCGACUUAAGAACGUCCUGUGCGCAGUGUCCGCUGGGGUCUGCGGUUCUUCAGCUGGCUUGUUCGGCAAAAUCGGAAUGAGUGUCAACGAGUUUUUCGGCUCAAACGAUCAAGCUUUGUACACAAAUUUAGUCAGAUUCAUCAUGUUGGCAAUGGUUGUGCUGGCCAACAUUGGCGGUUGGCUAAUGUAUACCAGAUCCCUACGAUUUGGUUCCACGUUGGUAUCCACUGGCAUUAGCAUCGCAUCCAAUUACAUUUUCACCGCUCUAACUGGUGUACUAUUGUUUGCUGAGAGCUGUUCAAUUCUGUGGGCAUGCGGCACACUUUCUGUCAUGAUUGGAGUUAUACUGAUGUCCAUUUGAAUGUUUUAUGAAUAAAAAUAUUUACUGAUCUCAUGUA